UCCACAUUUAUUAAAAUAUCGAUAUUUAUAUGUGAGAAUCAAUUCUAGAACAUACAUCUCUGGUAUCGGAGGGGUCGAUAGUUCAGUAUCGAUCCGCACAUCACUACUGUACUUUCGAUUUCGUCUGACACAAAAAAGUUGUAUCUGAGUAGUUGAUGCAGCUUUUGUUAACUGAAAUGUAUCAAUCAAAUCAAUCAAAUGUAUCAUCGUCAUUGUAACGGUUUGACUUGUUCGGAAUAUGCCGCACGCGCUUCAAGAGUUGGGAUUGUUUUUCCUGUUCCUGAGUUUUUCUCCCAGCCUUUCUGACCCAGUUUACAUGGCUAUAGGUGGAGAUGCUGUCCUCAGACCACCCCACCUAGAUCUUCCUAUCCAAAAAAUAAAGUGGAAACACAAUGAAAACACUGCAGCAGAGUGGCAGAGUGGAGACAAAUAUCAGUGCCUUGGCCAGUUUGAAGGUCGUUGUGAGGUGAACAAUGAUACUGGCGCACUGACCAUCAAAGAACUUAACCUGAACGACAGCGGCAUCUACACACCAGAGAUUAACGGCAGAGUCUUCAACAAGAUUCAACUCUCUGUUAUCUCACGUGUAGCUAAACCCUCUGUAAAAACCUCCUGUAAAACUGAGAUGGCCUUCUGUCUCCUGACCUGUGAAGGCAACACUGCAGACAUUGAACUCAUUAUCUUUAAGUGGUUUGUCGAUGGCAGGGAUGGACCUUCAGGCUACCUGUUCAUUAUAACAAAGGAUACAAAGGGGGACAGUUUCAGAUGUAUGAUGAAGAACCCAGUCAGCAAUGAAACCAGUGAAAGCGUCAUAAACCCCUACAUUAAACAAAUUUACGGAGCUAAAGGUGAAGAUGUGAUCCUCAGACCACCCCCCAUGACUGAUACUAUCCGAAGAAUAGAGUGGAAACACAAUGAAAAUAUUGCAGCAGGGUGGUAUGGAGACGAGUUUGAGUGCCUUGGCCAAUUUGAAGGUCGUUGUGAGGUGAACACUGAUUCUGGAGCACUGACCAUCAAAGAACUAAACCUGAAUGACAACGGCAUCUACACACCAGAGAUUAACGGCAAAAACUCCAGCAAGACUCAUCUCUCUAUUAUCUCUCAUGUAGCUAAACCCUCUGUAGAAACAUUCUGUAACACUGAGAGGACCAGCUGUGACCUGAAGUGUGAAGGAAACACUGCAGAGGCUGAACCAAUCACUUAUACGUGGUUUAUAGAUGGCAGGGAUGGAUCUUCAGACAAGGUGUUGACUAUAAAAAAGGAUACAAAAGAGUACAGUUUCAGAUGUUUGAUGAUGAACCCAGUCAGCAAUGAAACCAGUGAAAGCAUCAAAAACCCCGUCAUCAUGAAACAAGAACAGGACCGGCUGAUAUCCAUCCUUGUACCAGCAGUGAUUGUUGUGGUAGUUGUCAUUGUGGUUGCUGCAUUUUUCAUCUGCAAACACAUCAGGAAAAGAAGGCAAAGAGCAAAAUUAGAAAAAAUAAUGCUGAAAUUAGAAGACAUGUCAAAGCGGCUCACAGAACUAAGAGACACAGCUGCAGUAGAAGAGGACAUGUUAAAGCAGCUACAAGAACUAGGCGAAAGCACAACUGAUGUAUACGACAUGUUAAAGGGGCUACAAGAACCAGGUGACACAGAUACAGUAGAAGAGGGCAUGUUAAAGCUGGCAACAGAAAUAGGUGACACUGUAAAGCAGCUAAGAGAACUAUUUGCAGGGAGAUGCAAAAGAGAAGCAUGCGAAGGAAUGCAACGAGAAAACAAUGUAAAGCCGCGUCAUGAUCGAAAAGAAAUGUUAAAGCAGCUACAAGAACUAGGCGACAAGUCAACGCGGCUAACAGAACUAGGCGUAAAGCAUUUUGGAGAAAGAAAAGGGACUGAAGAAGAGAUGAGACCACUAAAUCAACCUCCUGAUGGUGAAGGACAAACUGACACUACCCAACAUCUCAGCAAUGGAGCUGAGACUGAGUCAGUGACUCCAGAAACUUCCAACCAGAGCCCGGCAGCUGCAGCCUCUAACAUCAACCAGGAAACUGAGCUCACAUCUGUAGUGGUUCCUGACCUGCAGACAUCUGGACCUCCAGAUACCAACAAGGACUCUAAAAAAAUGCAAAAAGAACUAGACGUAAAGCGGCGACAUGAGCUACAAGGGACUGAAGAAGAGAUGAGACCACUAAAUCAACCUCCUGAUGGUGAAGAUGAACUACCUGAAGUAUACGACGAAUAUGUAUGA